UCGCGGGCGAAGCCACACGGUCUCCUAUCCCAAUUUCGUCGUACCGCCCGGUACCGUACCAUGGACGGAACGUGGUGGACAAGCGGUCUUCCUGCCGGCCGACGCGUCGGGGUCGGGUUCCAACCAGCCCAAACCACCCCCGCCGCCGGCCGUUUGCCCCCCCGCACUCCACCACCUGACCUGCGCCGGCCCAUCCUCCCGGCCUGGCCCAAGCCAACGCGCCCCGCGCUGCCCCUGCCGUGCCGAGUCCCAGCCGGAUCCCCCUCAAAGCACGACAACCCCACGCCGCCGGCACCGCCGCACCACCGAAACCAACCCUACCCAAACCAAAUCGGAUCCGAUCCCCUUCCCCUCCCCUCGCCCAAUUCGCUCCGAUCCGCCGCGACCGCGCGAUGGACGACGACGACGACGUGUCGCACUCCCUCUCCCCGUCGCCGCCCUCCUCCUCCGCGCUCCCCGUGGACGGCCCCGUCACCGUCGCCGCUGCGCCGCCGGGCUCCGCCAUGGCGGUCGCGCUCCCGAUCCAUAGGACCGCGGCGUCCCUGUACGCCAGCGCCACCGGCGGCGGCGGCGGCGGCGGGAGCGGAGGCGGGGGCGGGGGCGGCGGGAGGGAGGACGCCUGGAGCGACGGCGCCACCUCCGCGCUCAUCGACGCCUGGGGCGAGCGCUUCGUCGCGCUCGGCCGCGGCAGCCUCCGCCACCCGCAGUGGCAGGAGGUCGCCGACGCCGUCUCCUCCCGUGACGGCUACUCCAAGGCGCCCAAGUCCGAUGUCCAGUGCAAGAACCGCAUCGACACGCUCAAGAAGAAGUACAAGGUCGAGAGGGCCAAGCCAGUCUCCGGCUGGCAGUUCUUCGACCGCCUCGAUUUCCUCCUCGCGCCCACCUACGGCAACAAGCCCGGCUCCGGCGGCAACGGCGGCGGCGGAGGGCACAACUCCAACAGCCGCAGCCAGAUGCCUGGGGCGCUGCGGGUGGGCUUCCCGCAGCGCAGCCGCACGCCGCUGAUGCCCGCGGCAGGCUCCGCGGCCAAGCGGAGGGCGCCUUCGCCGGAGCCGUCGGUGUCCUCCGAGUCCUCCGACGGCUUCCCGCCGGUGCCGGCCCUUCCGGCAGUGAACGGGAAGAGGAAGAGGACGGACGAAGGGCGCGCCGACGACGGUGGCAGCAGCGGCGAUGACCGCGCGCAGGGGCUUCGGGAGCUGGCGCAGGCGAUACGGCGCUUCGGCGAGGCGUACGAGCGCGUGGAGGCUGCCAAGCUGGAGCAGGCCGCCGAGAUGGAGCGUCGGCGCAUGGACUUCACGCAGGAGCUGGAGUCGCAGCGCGUGCAGUUCUUCCUCAACACGCAGAUGGAGCUCACGCAGGCGAAGAACCACGCGUCUCCUGCCACGGCCGCCGUCCCUGCCGGUGGCUCGUCUAGGAGGAUGUCAGUGGUUACCGACGCCGGUGGCAGCAGUAAUCACCAUAGCCGUUACCGGAUCAGCCAUGGUGACAGGCACCGUCAUGCUCCGCGCCCACAUUACCAGCAGUACCAUGACAACAACAAUCACGCGGUGGCAGCGGCUGCAAGUGAGGGUGAGCAGUCUGAUGACGAGGAGGAUGAUUAUGAAGAAGAGAGCCAGUAACUGUAUCGGCGAUUCGCCAUAAUUUAUAUAGGUAUCGUCAUAGAAUUAUUAUUGCAUUGCUCCGAUUUAACUUUUGUAUUUGAUCCAAAGAGGAGAUAAUGACUUGUUAUGGGAGUAGUGGAAAUUGGUCAUCUUAGUAAAAGUACUAGCAUUAGCAUUAGAUAGCCCCUUGCUGUACCAUGAUGUUAGUUAAAUUCGUUGCUUGCUUCUCAACAUUGCGUUAAUAACAUCUGAUGUGAUCUCAUUCGUGUCAACAAUUGGCAAAGUUACUGCUGAAUGGCAAUGUGGCAUGCUGGGAGUUGUAUCA